CGACUUAACGUUCCAUUAAAGGCACCAUCCACACAUGCCGAUGGCAUGAACGUUUUUUAUCCGAAAAUUUUACUCAUCACAAUCGUUACGUUGAAGUACCUACCUGCUAUACAACAGGACGAACGGCAGCGGUGGCUAGAAUAUUGUCACGAUGAUUACGCCAAAUGUCCCAACUGUUUCGGUGAAACCAUCAAGUCUGAUUGUGAUAAUUUCCUGGACAAUGUCCAGGUGGAAAGAAGCUUCGAUUUAGAAGUCAGCAACUUGUUCGGAAAUAGAAAAAUCCAAUACGCCACAUACGAUCAACAGAACGUGAUACUCAAAUAUUUAGUUAGUGACGGAAAUUUCGACCAUUUGCAAAGUAAAUGUUGCAAUGGAAGUGAUAACUGUGAACGCCUUUGGACGAACAAAUCCCUAGUGGAGACAUUAAAGACUGAAUUGCUUCGUGUUUUCAAGACGAAAGAUAAUGCGGCUGGAUUUCAAAUCUGUCCAACCGAUGCAGUGACAAGAUUCAUGGAAGUAUUUUCGGAUCAGAACAUUCACGCAUGGGUGCUACUGAAUCUGAAUGUGGAACCGCUGGUCGUCAACGCAUUAAGCAGCAGAAAUUUCUCAGUGCCAACGUUACAUGGCUCGUGUGGCUUUGUAACACUACAAUCGAACAAUGGGCUUCCACUAUAUUCAUUUUACGAUCAGUCCUUCGCUGUACGACUAUUGAUCGCUAAGAAUUUGCUCAGCGCAGCCUUGCAGUUUUCGUACGGUGUGGAAGGCUUCCGAAUCUACUUAACAGACGCAACGCCGGAUAAUAUCGUUGUUGAUGCUACCACAUUCGACGUAACAUUCGUCGACUUGGAUGAUGUGUUUGUGGUUGAUUCGAAAACGUUUCCGAGUAGUCAAGUGGUUCAUCGCCAUGAGAAAAUCGAUUGCGACGGUAUGUGUUUCGCUUAUGUUCCUGACGAGCUUUGUUCGCACCACUUAAGCGACAUCAACCUAUUUGCAAUUUGUCAGCUGUUCAUCAAAGACCUGAACCGGAUGAUGCCAGAUGAUGGACUACUACAUUCUGUACCCGAUACGAUUAGCCGUCAAUAUCCAGAGUUACAGCAAUUAAUUAACCAAUGUAUCGAUGGUAAUAUUGAUGGUGACAGAUUCGUUUCUGUUAAUUUGUUGGUUGAUUUGAUCAAUAAAAUUCUAUUCAACUGAG